UUCAGUUUUUUCUACAUAAAUAUUUACUUUUAAUCGUAAAUUUCAAAUUAGCUAACAUGCUUCAACACCUGUUUGUCUGAUGUACUGUACAGUACAACUGUAUUUACAGAGCUUUUGUCUGUUAAACAGUUAACAUGUCCUCGGAUUUUUCUCCAUUGCAAACAAAUACAGAUAAAAUAAUUCAAUAUAAUACAAUGGAAAUAAAUGAAGAUCAAAAACAUGAACAGCUUAAUCAAAAGACAUAUUCCUGUACUCAGCUAAUUAGCAUCGUUGGAAUUAUAUUUUUACUACAUUUAUCAGCUUUCCUUUUAGCAAUCUUCUUAGUUCCUCACUUUAGAUGUGAUAAAAAUAAAGAAGUUAUAAUUAUAGAAGAAGAAACAUUUCCUUGGCUAGAUGCUAAUUUACCAGAUUUUAUAAAUCCAAUUCAUUACUCUCUUCAUUUGCAUCCGGAUCAAAAUGAAUUUCUUAUGACUGGAGAUGUUAAUAUCACUUUCAGAGUAGAGCUUUGUACUGAUUUUAUAGUAUUAAACUCUAAAGAAUUGAGUUUUUCAUCAGUAGAAAUAUUAAAUAAAGCACCAAAAUUUGAAUCAUAUAUAGAAAAUAAUCAACUGGAAUUAGUUUAUAUUAAAUUUGAAGGCGAAUUAAAACCUGAUGUAAAGUAUACAUUACGAAUACAAUUCGAGAAGAAAUUAACUGAAGUAGCUUCGGGUGUUUAUGUUACUUCAUACACCGAUACACUACAGAUCGAAAGAUACGUUGUGUUAACUUAUUUCAAUAACAAACAAGCCAGAAGAGGUUUUCCAUGUUUCGAUGAUCCUAGAUUCAAAACUACUUUUCAGUUAAGUCUUUCUCAUAGUUUCGAUUAUGAUCCUCUUUCUAUUACGGAUUUGAAAGAAACCAUUUCCAACGACAAUAUCGUAAAAUCUAUUUUUGAGAAAACUGUUCCUAUCAGCACAACCUCUUUAGGAUUUAUAAUAUCCGAUUUCAAAUUCCAGAGAAAGGAUCUCAAUGGGAUAAGCAUACGUAUCUCGACUCCUUCACAAUAUUACUCAAGGUGCAAUUUUGCUUUACAAACAUCAUACGAAAUUCUUCAAUGUUUUAAAGAUAAACUAAAUUUAACUUAUCCAUUUUCUAAACUAGAUAUUUCGGCUAUACCAAAUUUCGAAUAUCCUGGAAGUAAUGGUCUUAGUUUAAUAUUUAUGAAACUUUCUAACAUUCUAAUGGAGCUACAAGAAGGUUACGAAGGUAAAGAAGUGGUUGUCUCUUCAUUAGCUCAUCACAUAGCGCAUCAGUAUUUUGGCAACGAAGUAACGAUGAAUGAUUGGGAUAAUCAAUGGUUGAUCGAAGGUUUAGCUUGUUAUUUAGAGCAUCUCGUUGCUGAAGAUGUGUUGAAAGAAAAAAUUGAAUUUUACGUCGAUUUUCUUCAUCCGACUUAUCGUCUUGGUAAAUUUAUUAAUGCCGAACCUCUAAGAGAAGAAGUAGGAAAACAGUCUGAAAUUAUCAAUAUCUUCAGCGAAUUGAGCUAUCAUAAGGGAGCAUCAAUUUUAUGGAUGUUGGAUAACUUUGUAGGAAGGGAUGCGCUUCUUUCAAACCUUUCGCAUUUGUUAGAGAUGUAUCGAUUUAAAAGCAUCUCUCAUCAUAACAUUUGGGAUAUUAUGGAUGAGAAUAAUUUAAAUAAAGCUCUAAAUAUUUCCGCUAUGAUGAACAGUUGGAUUGAACAGAAAGGUUAUCCUAUAAUAACAGUUAUACGUCAUCGAGAUCGGUUGGUUGUCAGCCAAAAACCUUUUCUUCUAGAAAGUAAAGAGAAAAAUCAUGUUUUAUGGAACAUUCCCUUCAGUUUGCAGACUGACAAAACCCCUAUUCAAUGGCAUAUUUUGAAAGAUAGGGAAAGUUCUAUAAAUAUCCCGAUAAAUAUUUCGUGGUUUAAAGUUAACGUUAACCAGACAGGUUUGUAUCGCGUUAAUUACGACGAACCUACUUGGAAAAUAUUAACCAGUUUACUAGAGAAUAACCAUCAAGUUUUCAGCGCCGUCGAUCGUGCCGGUUUGAUAGACGACAUAUUCAUGCUAAGCAGAGCAGGAAUUUUACAUGCUUCGUAUAUUUUCGACGUCGUUAAAUAUUUAAAAAAUGAAAAAGAAUAUGCACCUUGGAAGAUAGCUUUAAGUCAUUUUCAUGAUCUACUAAUGCUUUUAGAAGAUGAUUCGCAUCUGUUACUUAUCCAGAAUUAUUUUUCAAGUAUACUUGCAUCAAUUAUAACCGAAUUUUCAGACUGGAAUGAAGAAGAAUCUAACCAAAUGAUAAAAUUACGUACAUCCGUCUUUCUUUCCGCUCUAAAGAUUGAAAAUGUGGAUAUUAUUCAGAAAUCUAUACAAAUGUUUCAAAACUGGAUGGAUAGAGACGAACCUAUUCAAGUAAAUCUUGAAGGCAUCGUAUACAUAUCCGGCAUAAAAUAUGGUAGUAGAAAAGAAUGGCAGUUUUGUUGGGACAAAUAUAAAAAUUCAGAUAACCCAAGAGAAAAAGAAUUACUGCUCAACGCACUCGGAUAUAGUAGAGACGUUUGGCAACUAAAACAAUAUCUUGAUUUUACUUUGAACGAGAAUGAAAUUUCGAUCGAGAACAUUGCUUUAGUGAUAUCUUCUAUAGCAUCAAAUCCUUCUGGUCGACUAAUCGCAUGGGAUUUUAUACAAGAGUAUUGGGAUUUUAUCAACAAAAUUUUCUCAAAAGAAAACUAUUUUAUUAACGUUAUAUUAACAAAAGUUACGUUAUACUUCAGAACUGAAUUUAAAUAUAAUCAAGUAAAAAAUUUCUUCGAACGUGUUCAACUGAAUACUGAAGUUUCCAAACAGAUACUAGAGAAUAUUCAAUGGAAUAUUAAAUGGGAUAGAUCAAUAAAAGAAAGAUUUAUUGAACUUGUAUCAAAAAAUGUCAACUGAAAUACUCUGCUAUGUGAU